ACCGGAUUCUAAGAUUAUGAUUUUAGUCGUUUAUUAUACGUAACACAGAAUUAAUUUUAAUACAAAAUAGUGCUUCGUUUGUAUUCAUGUCGUGAAGUUGUGAUUUUUUGUGUCAUGGAAGUUCGUAAUAGACCACUGGGGCAUUUGUUUUUUGAACAUAUGCUGAAUAGACCUAAUGCGAUAUGUCAGAUAGAUGCAGCCACAGGGAAAUCAGAGAGCAAUGCAUCAGUCCUCUCCCGGUCUAUACGCUUGGCGAGAUGUCUUCGUCAGUUCGGAGCCAAGCCUGGAGAUGUGCUGGCACUGAACGGGAAGAACCACCUGGACCUCCACAUACCGUACUACGCGGCUCUGCUGAAUGGCAUGCCUAUCGUUGGGGUGGAUCCUAUGCUGAAGUUUGAGGAAAUAAAGAAGCUCUUCAAGUUAACUACACCCAAGAUAGCGUUCUGUCAAUGCGAGCACUUCACAGAAGCUGUAGCUGAGCUUGGAUUAGACACCAGGAUAGUCACGUUCACUGAUGGCAAAUAUUCUAUGGAGAACUUCAUACGGGAGUUCGAUGAAAAUGAUAGGAAAGAAUUUAGACCAGCAGAUUUUGACACAGACAAGACUUAUCUAUGGUUGAUCAGCACAGGCGGCACGACUGGAGUUCCGAAGGUAGCAGCUUACAAACAAGGUCCAUGGAUGAUCAGAAUACUGGCUCAACGAAAAAGCCGUUUAUUUAAUGAUACUGAAAAAAACUUGCCAGCACUUUACCUAUCACCAGUUCAAUGGAUAGCUGGCUUCUACAACGCGAUUAUGAUGCCUUUACUGAACUUGUGUAAAGUGCAGACCUCCCUGCCACUCACUGCUGAUCAUAUCAUUGACAUUAUCAGAGAAUAUCGGCCAGUGAGCAUAGUGAUUGGGCCAAGUUUACUGGAAUCUAUACUGAAGCACGAGAAACAAUGUGACUUGACAUCGUUUAAUCUUAUCCUGGUAGCAGGAGGGAAGGUGCAUAAGGAUCUCAUUAGCGAGUUACGAAAAAGAGUGCGUAAGGAUGCGAUGGCAGCCGAAAUAUAUGGACAGACAGAAACUCUAGGACAAGUGUUUUCAAUAGAGCCUAAUGGCCCGCUCGGCAGCUGUGGCAAGUCGACGGAAUUUCACCACGUUAAGUUGAUGGACCCAGAUACGGAGAAAGAAAUAACCAGACCAAAUAGACCAGGGGAAUUGUGGGUCAAAGGACCUAUGUUCACAGAAUAUUACAACAACCCUCAAGAAACUGCAGCAGUGUUUACAGAAGAUGGCUGGUUCAAAACGGGGGACCUUCUAUACAGGGACAGAGAAUAUAACUUCUACUUUGUUGAACGACUUGGAAUGCUCAUCAAGUAUAGAAAUUACCAUAUAACGCCACUAGAGCUAGUGGAAGUAAUUCGGCAGCACCCUGAAGUGCUAGAUGUCAGCGUCACCAGUGUCAAAAAUGUGUUCGACGGCGAGCAUCCAGUCGCGUGCGUGGUGAGACGACCAGGUUCUAAGGUCACGGCGCAUGAAAUCAAGGAGCUGGUUGCUAACAAAUUAUCUUACAGUAAGCGGUUACGAGGUGGAGUCAUCUUCAUGGAAAAGUUACCUCGCACGUCUACUGGCAAAGUAGCUCGAGCAAAGUUGAAACAAAUCGCUGCCAUUGCUUACAGAGAAUAAAGCGAUAAAACAUC